GUUCGCCGAAACAUGUCGAGCUUUGCGUGUUUUUGUCCCACCCUGCGUUCGUCACGUGAAUAGAUUUGGACUAUGGUGGAAGUUUGUCUCUUAUAUUGAGUUUUUAUGAGGAGACCAGAACUACGCGGACUGAAACAUUUGAAGGAUAAUUCGGGGGUAUUUCACGUAUUUGAAGCCUCUGUUUGAUACAGUUCAACCAUUGGGAGUCUCCUCUCCAGUACUGUGGCAUAGGGGUGGGUGAGAAGUCUGGUCCCACAAUUCUAGAGAUAAGAGGCACAUCAACCAGGUUGAUCAUCUGGCCCUAUGGCCUGCACCAUCUCUAAUCCAGACCAGAUCAAUGGUUGCAACAUGAGAGCACAACUUCAGAUCAAUGUGUUGUCAGCCAAGCUGAAAGAAAACAAAAAGAACUGGUUUGGUCCUAGUCCUUAUGUGGAAGUUGCAGUGGACGGCCAGUGCAAAAAGACAGAGAAAUGCAACAAAACCCACAACCCCAAGUGGAACCAAACGCUCACUGUAAUUGUCACGCCUUUCAGUAAAUUGGUCUUCCGCGUGUGGAGUCAUCACACUCUGAAGUCGGACAUUCUGUUGGGAGUAGCCAUAUUGGAAGUUAGGGAGACCCUAAAAUCUAAUGACAUGAAAAUCUCGGAGGUCAUGCAGACGUUGCAGCUCAGUGCUGAGGGGGACCAGUCUGACGUGGUCGGGGACCUGUCCGUGUGCCUUAAUGGAAUGGAGGUCGACCCAGAAAUGUUUGCCUCUGCUGAGGUGAACUUCUCCAGUGAAGUCCUCAAUGGAGACUCUGGAAAUAAUGGGGAAUGUGGUGCAAGCAGGGCGAGGCGAGAUGACUCUCCCUCUGUUGACAGCAUGGAGGACAAGGGUACCCCCAAUGGACGAUCGGUGAAUGGUACUCCUUCCCCCUCACUGUCAGCCGGGAGGACCAGGCUACUACGGCCCCCUAGGCCUUCGCGUCCACCUCCUCCUACCCCACGGAGACCGGCCUCUCUUCCAGCCUUUUCCAGUGAGGCUGCCACUGCUGCUACUUCAGAGGCACCUGCCCAGGGCUCCAGCAGCAGUUUGGCGUCUUACGACCCCCGACAGGCAGUUGGUGCCCCAGCUGUUUCGAAAAUAUCCAACUUUAGCAUCACUCCCCUGCCACCUGGGUGGGAGCAGCGAGUGGACCAGAAUGGCCGUACGUAUUUCGUGGAUCACAUAGAGAAGAGGACGUCUUGGGAAAGGCCAGAACCUCUGCCCCAGGGCUGGGAGCGCCGUGUGGACUCAACGGGCAAGAUAUACUUUGUGGAUCAUAUCACCAGGACCACCACCUGGCAGCGCCCUACGGUCGAGACGAUGCGCAACUAUGAGCAGUGGCAGCACAGACAGAGCCAGCUUCGCGGAGCCAUGCAACAGUUCAACCAGAGGUUCAUAAUUGGGCUUCAAGACCCAGCGCAAAACAAGGAGUUUGAUCCCUUGGGAACUCUGCCACAAGGAUGGGAGAAAAGAACAGACUCUAGUGGCAGAGUGUAUUUCGUUAACCAUGAAAUACGGACGACCCAGUGGGAGGACCCGCGAAACCAGAGCGUGGUGAAUGAGAAACCACUGCCUGAAGGUUGGGAGAUGAGAUUCACGGUAGAUGGGAUUCCUUACUUUGUUGACCACAACCGGAGAACAACCACCUACAUUGAUCCCCGAUCUGGAAAGUCAUCCCUUGAAAAUGGACCUCAGAUCACCUAUGUCAGAGACUUCAAAGCCAAAGUCCAGUAUUUCAGAUUCUGGUGUCAGCAACUGGUCAUGCCUCAGCACAUAAAGAUCAAUGUCUCACGAAAGACCUUGUUUGAGGACUCGUUCCAGCAGAUUAUGAGCUUCAAUGCACAUGAUCUCCGCCGGCGAGUGUGGAUAAUAUUCCCAGGAGAAGAAGGCUUGGACUAUGGAGGUGUAGCAAGGGAAUGGUUUUUUCUUCUUUCCCACGAAGUGCUGAACCCCAUGUACUGCCUCUUUGAGUACGCUGGGAAGGAUAACUACUGCCUGCAGAUCAACCCUGCCUCAUCCAUCAACCCUGACCACCUCAAGUACUUCAAGUUCAUCGGGCGCUUCAUUGCCAUGGCUUUGUUCCAUGGGAAGUUUAUUGAUACAGGUUUCUCCUUGCCUUUCUACAAGCGCAUUCUGAACAAGCCUUUGAGUCUGAAAGAUCUGGAAUCCAUUGAUCCAGAGUUCUACAAUUCCCUCAUCUGGAUUAAAGAGAACAACAUUGAAGAGUGUGGCCUGGAAAUGUCCUUCUCUGUGGAUAAAGAAAUCCUGGGUGAAAUUACAACACAUGACCUGAAACCUGAUGGCGCCAACAUUGUUGUCACAGAGGAAAAUAAAGAGGAAUAUAUCAGGCUUGUGGCAGAGUGGAGGUUGUCCAGAGGUGUAGAGGAGCAGACUCAAGCUUUCUUUGAGGGCUUCAAUGAAGUUCUGCCUCAGCAGUACUUGCAGUACUUUGAUGCAAAGGAAUUGGAGGUCAUGCUGUGUGGGAUGCAAGAGAUUGACCUGGUUGACUGGCAGAGGAACACCAUCUACCGUCACUAUGUUCGAAACAGCAAACAGAUCAUGUGGUUCUGGCAGUUCAUUAAGGAGAUUGACAACGAGAAGCGCAUGAGACUGCUGCAGUUUGUCAGUGGCACUUGCCGUCUUCCUGUCGGGGGUUUUGCCGACCUCAUGGGGAGUAACGGACCCCAGAAAUUUUGCAUUGAGAAAGUUGGAAAAGAGAACUGGCUGCCAAGGAGUCACACUUGCUUCAAUCGAUUGGAUUUGCCUCCUUACAAAAGCUAUGAACAGUUGAAAGACAAACUGUUGUUUGCCAUUGAAGAGACAGAAGGCUUUGGACAGGAGUAACAUCGUCCUAUGACUUCGCAUGGUGUUGCCGCAGUCCAGGGUGGAGGAAUUUGGCAUAUCUUGACCUGUACUUCUCUGGGGCACAUGGUUUGCCAUUUGGUGGAGGAACGUGCCCACUUAGGAGAUCGCCCUGGGUUCCCUUCCCUGCAGUGCUCCCUCUAACCUGCUGUGCUCCCCCUUCCUGUAUUUGCUCUUCCUUUCUGGUAGGUGGUGGGUGGUUCCCAGUGUGCAGUAGAGCCUUUCUCAAACAGAUAAAUGCAGACUGCACCAAAGUGUGAAAUUAUUAUAUUAAUAUAUGUUUAUUGUGUUGGAAGCAGUGCCUGAAACCUUUCAUUUACCACUAGGGGAGGAAAAAGCACUUUAUAUAUCUGAUUGAAAAGUUUAGCGUGAAAAUCUGUCCAAUACAACAUAUUCUAGAAAAAGAAAAGCAGUCUAUGAAAAUGUUUAUUUUAUUUUCUUCAGAUUCCUGUGUCAACCAUUAAUUUACAGCUUUCUUGUUUCCAACUAAGAUCAAUCAUCAAAAAUAUGAGAAUUGUAUGUUCUCACAUAUCAAAGAUUGGAAGCCAGCAUGGUGCUUUACAGUUGCUCUUAUAAAAUAUUUUUGUGGCCACUAGAAAAACCAAAGCUGGAAGACAGUGGGGCUGAACUGCUGCAUUUCAGAGAUCCUUGCUGAUGUAACCAUGUUGGCUUUUAAUAUGCUCGCAGUCGUGCUCCUGUUUGGUCAAGCUGUUCAUCUUUCAGGCGCAUCUUCAGCUGUUAGGGAUACACUGGCACCAAAAUGCUCCUGCUCCAGGAUUCUCAUGAAUUCAUCAGAUUUUUACAUGUAAUAUAAACCGAUGCAGAGCCUGCUUACAUCGCUAUAAAUGUAGGAUAAGCUGCUGCAGGUACCAUGGCCCUAGUUUUAUAGGGCUUUAGUAUAAAAUUUUCACUAUACGUCUUAUUUUUGUAUGUUGCUUGUUUGGGGAAAAUUAUGUGUAGAACACUGUGCUGACUCCUGUUCCGGGUUAUUAAUCUAAGCUACUGUAUUGAUCAAAAGAACUGUUUUCAAGAUUUGAAAUCCACAAGCUGAGCACUGCCUUUUUGCCAGAUUUCUCUUUGCACUUUUGAAGUCAGCGGAGUGCCAUGCCCCAAGAUGCUAAGCAUCAGGAGACUCAUGGCAUUAUGGUGGCCUCGGAGCCUCUCUGAAAUGUACGCUAUGACCCUACCAGAUCUGUUUGGUAGUGGCUCACAAAUCUGGUGGGUAUGCUAUUAGAACAGCCAAAAAAAUAAACAAAAAUUAAGAUCACAAAGACAGUGUAGAUCCAUGUACUGCUCAGUAGGAUUACAAUUUGGAAUGAAAAAAUUAAUACAGAAUGUUUAUUUUUUUCAUUAGUAUGCAGGAACACACUGUCUUUUGUAUAAAACAGCUAUCAUUAGAGAACAUAUUUUCAUUUAGGGUGUCUAAUAUACAGAAGCUUAGUUUGGAAUCGGUCUAAAUCCUCUGGUCUGUCUUUUUACUGAAUGUAUUCCGAAUAAAUUUGCAAGAGUUAUAGAAAUUGUGAAUGGAUAAUAUGGUCUUUGACCUCCACAAUGGAAGGUGGUGGAUGUGACUCAGGUUGGACCCACAUUUUGUCUCAUGUUCAGGAUGACAGAAGCACAUUAUCUACUGUAGUCACCACAUGGAUUAUUGCACUUGGAUUUUUUAUCUUGUCUAACAAUAUGAAACAACUAAACCUAUUGUUUCUGUUAAAUACUACUGGAAGACUAGCAGAUCAUAUAUCGAGUCCAUGACCCUAAAUUGCAUAAUUGCCGGGCUGGAUGGUUUGAUUGUAUAAACGUACUAACACUGGCCUUUGCAAUAUAAUGUCUUAAGUGACCAAACACUAGAGGUGAAGAGGUAUUUUUGUAUGUGAGCCUAAUAAUUCAUACUACUAAAAAUAUUCCUCCAAUCUCAAUAGGCAACAGGUUUCUUUAUACAUAAUUGUACUACUGAAUCUUAAUUCUUUCCAUUUUAGCCUUGAGUAAAUGAAAAUAUCUGAAGGUAUCAAUACAAUUUUAACAAAUGCACUUUAAAUAUAAAAAAGGUUAUUUUCCUUUCUUUAUUUGGGAACGAAACCAAAAAUCUAGACCCCAUAACUGUUUUAGGCUUAAUGCAAAUUCUUUGUAAAGGGCCUAUUGACAACCUAGCAGUUCUGAAACCUACUUAAUUUCCUCACAUUGUUCAAACAUUUUACAUCAAAUGUUAAUUUAAUCCUUAUAAUAUGGUGAGAAAAUAGAUUUCAGGGAAGGGGUAUGUAUGUGUGCUGUAUUCUAGUAAAAACUUUUUCUGUUUGAACCUGUUUGUUUCUUUUACAACUUCAAUAGCACUAGUAUUCAUAACCUCCAUUUAUUGAAUUGAUAUUGUAAAUUGUAUACUUUUAAAAAUGUUGUUAAAAUGAUUUUGGUCAUGGGGCUAAAUUCUUUUUUGAAGAAUCUGCAUAUCUGUAUAACGAAUUACUUUGAAGAUUUUUAAAGUCAUUUAGCAAUUAAAGAAAUAAACUGAGAAAAGUU